AUGCUACCUAAAUACGAAAAUACAUCGAAUUCCCAAGAUGCGAAUUUCAUUUAUGAUUACGAUACCAAUUUUAUAAAUGUUGAAUCCGCAAGUAUUGGAGAGACAGAAUCAUUUUAUAGGGCAACAUUUAAAGAAUAUGAUAUACCUACAAUUUUAAAAUCUAUUACUAUACCUCAGCAAUCUUCUUUAAAUGAAUUCAUUAGAGAACUUAAUCGACAUCAAAAUACCAAUUAUCAUAAUAAUAUAUUGAGAAUUUUUGGAUUAACUAUGCCAGUAGCAAUUAUAUACGGAAAAAGAGAAACCGAAAUUAUUGGAACUCCUCGAAAAUAUUCCAUAGUUUAUGAAGAUUGUUGGAAUCACGAUGCCACUAAGCGACCAGAUAUCCAACAAGUUGUUUUACGUUUAAAUGAGCUUAUUUGUCUUGAAGAAUUUGAAAAAGAUAUUACUAUGGAAGAAGAUGAAAUUCCACAGAAUCAAGUUGAUCAACGUUAUAAAAUUGAGGAUCAACAUUUAUUACUACAAGAGUUACUUCAAUUUUUUAUAACACAAUUUAAUACAACAACUAAUUCUGUUCAAAUAAUUAAUAAUUUAAAUAAUUAUUUUGAAGUUAAUCAAAUAAAUCCUUCUUUAAUAUUUAAUUCACUUGCUUAUCAAGAUUAUAACUUUAGCAUGAUUGGUUAUUUUCAUGAGCAUGGGAUUGGAACUGAAGUUGAUUAUCAUAAAGCUUUUUGGAUGUAUAAAUUAUCUUCAGAAAAUAAUUUGGUUGCAAGCGGAAAUUCCGACGCUCAAAUUGAAGUUGCAAAAUGUUAUAUGAAUGGUAUUGGCACAAACAUUGAUAGGGCAAAAGCGUUUGAUUUAUAUUCAAAUGCUGCUACAAGUGGAAACUCUGAGGCUCAAUUCGAAUUAGCCAAUUGCUAUAUAAAUGGUAUUUGCACGAAUGUGGAUAAUAAUAGAGCUUUUGAGUUAUAUUUAAAAUCCGCUAAAAAUGGAAAUACUAAUGCUAUGUACGAAUUAGCUAGUUGCUAUUCGAAUGGUACCGGUACAAUUAAAAAUAGGACAAAGGCUUUUGAAUGGUACAUUAAAUCAGCUGAAUUAAAUAAUCCUGUCGCGUUUUAUACUGUUGGAUUUUGCUAUGAGUAUGGUCUAGGUACUGUAGUUGACAAGAUGAAGGCUUAUGAAUGGUAUUUUAAAUCUACUAAACAAGGCGAUGAUUGUAUUGCUCAAUAUAAACUAGGUUUACUUUCCAAAAGAUUGAGUACAUUUAUUGAUUUAAGCUGA